AUGUCAACCCCCGCCUCGUCCUCCUCCACCUCCUCUGCCGCUGCCUCCGCCGUCGUCCCGGCCAUCCCAACCGAAUACGUCUAUUUCGAACGAUCGCCUACGGGGUUCAGGAAGGACACGUUGGAGAAGGCGCAGGCGGCCAAGUUGAAGUUGGAGCAUUUCUAUGGCAAGGCCGUGCAGGAGGCGAUCGAGAGGAAUGGCAGGUCAGUAGUACAUCCCCAUCCUCGUCCUCAUCCUCAUCCUCAUCUGCGCGCGGGACACGUAGCGGUGCCAGUCGUGGUCGGCGUUUGUGCCGAGUCGGAUCGGAUCGGGGUGGGGUUAGCGCUUGCUAGGAGGGAGAGGAUAUGGGAGCAUGUCGUUCCUCGGAGAUGGUAUUGGAACGAGUGAGGCAGCACGUCGUGCGAUGCAUCGUCAACACGCUGAGCGAUCCUCGGACCUCCACGCGAUCCAAAGUGCCUCGUGUCCGAAUCGUCGCUCAGGCCUCCUCCAUUGACGACAACCACAUUCGCUUCCAACGUCGCUCGACGUAUCACACGGUCCUGAACUUAUCGUACUGACUUCCAACUCUACUUCGCGCAAUUCCUAGACGAUCCGAACUCGAAAAGCGACUCGUGGCGGACAAGUCGAUGCCAGACGAAGCCAAGGCGCGUCAACUGGCCCAGCUCGGUCGCACCGAAUCGUCCUUCCUCCGAUUAAGAAGGACGCGUCUAGGCCUGGACGAUUUCAGGACCGUCAAGGUCAUUGGGAAAGGUGCUUUCGGUGAGGUGAGUCAAAAGAGCUGGGUGGGCUGCUGGGUGCGAAGCUUUCGUGAGGGCUUGGCUGAUUUCGGUUUCUUGUGUGGGGUUCUCAGGUGCGCUUGGUGCAAAAAGUCGAUACGGGCAAGAUCUAUGCGAUGAAGAGUUUGAAAAAGGCCGAAAUGUUCAAAAAGGACCAGGUGGGUGAACGUUCGUGGUCGUCGAGGUCCUUGCCGUCACUGACGCCGUUGCUCCGUUCGCCCCAAAGCUCGCCCACGUCCGAGCCGAACGAGAUGUGCUCGCCGAGUCCAACUCGCCCUGGGUCGUACAGUUGUACUACUCGUUCCAGGACUCGAACUACCUCUACCUCCUAAUGGAGUUCCUCCCCGGAGGAGAUUUGAUGACCAUGUUGAUCAAGUACGACACCUUCAGCGAGGACGUGACGCGUUUCUACAUGGCCGAAUGCGUACUCGCCAUCGAGGCCGUCCAUAAACUCGGCUUCAUCCACCGCGAUAUCAAACCGGACAACAUCCUCAUCGACAAGGACGGGCACGUCAAACUUUCUGACUUUGGUCUGUCGACGGGUUUCCACAAGCAGCAUGACUCAGCUUAUUAUCAGAGGCUGUUGGAUGGGAAUGAGGGGGCCACGCGCCCGCAGAACAAUGGGAGGAAUUCGGUCGCGCUCAACUCGAUCAACUUGACCGUUAGUUCCAAGGAUGCGAUCGCGACUUGGAAGGCGAACCGACGGAAGCUGGUGAGUACCCACAAGACUGUCUCAACUUUCCGGAUCCGAAAGAGUUCAUCUGAUUAUGUCCGUCACUCGGGUUUAGGCCUACUCGACUGUUGGUACGCCCGACUAUAUCGCCCCCGAAAUCUUCUUACAACAAGGCUACGGCCAAGAAUGCGACUGGUGGUCGCUCGGAGCGAUCAUGUUCGAAUGUCUCGUAGGCUACCCACCUUUCUGCAGCGAGAACGCGCAUGACACGUAUCGCAAGAUCAUCGAUUGGAAGAACCAGUUGUACUUCCCGGAGGAUGUGAGGCUGUCGAGGGAGUCGGAGGAUAUGAUUCGAAGGUCAGUCAGAGUGUCUCGGGUCUCGUGAGCAGCGAUGGGGAACUGACUUUGGAUUCGGUUGUGCAGAAUGAUUACCGGCCACGAGACUCGAUUAGGGCGCAAUUCGGCCGACGAGAUCAAGAACCACGUCUUUUUCACCGGCGUCGACUGGACCACGAUCCGCAACAUCGAAUCCCCCUUCAUCCCUCAACUUCGGUACGUACGCCCUCAGACUCCUGAUGUUGUCGAGCAGAAAGCUAACUCGCGAGAGCGAUUCUGGGUUUGACGUACAGCUCUUUGACGGACACGUCUUACUUCCCUACCGAGGACCUCAACGACGUGCCCGAACAACCGAGCCCGUCCGAAGCCAGUUCGGGAAGCAAGGAUCUUGCCUUCUUGGGUUACACCGUCAGUUCUUAUCACCUUUUUUUGCGUUCUUUCCCACCCCAAUACUGAACUUUCGUCUUUUGCUGCGGCCAGUUCCGUCGUUACGAAGGCAACCCAAUCCCUUCGUCCGACCGUUUCUAA